GAAAUAAUUAACCGCGUAUAAUAAGAAUUGCGGAUGAAAUGAUGGCACCGCGUGUGUGUUGAAAAAUCCGGACAAGUGGGUGAAAAACGUUUCAAGAUCCGCGUCAGUUACAGUUCAUCGGUUCUCGAAGGUCCCGAGUGCUGAUUGGCCAUCGAUUUCCAGUUUCCUUCCAGGAUGCGUUUCGUUCUGUCGUCUUAACAAGGACGCGAACCGCCUAUAAGAGACACCGCACGAGUCUCCAAACGGUAGUUGAUUUCCGAAUAGCGUUGUGCCCUCGCCCGAUAGUCGCUCCUCGAAGAAGCUCUCGAGACCCCACCACCUAGGUAUAAGGACUACUUAAACAAGGACCUUCGACUGGUGGUCGCAAGCAGGUGACGGUGGCGAGACAGAACGGAUCGGCGAAGAUGCCGCGGAGCUUAGCGAAAGGACUCCUCGUCCUCCUGGCAGUCAAUUCCGCGGCUUGCUCUUUCGCUCCUCCGAGUCACGGAGGUGCAGCGGAAUCCGCACUCUCCCUGAGCGACAUAACGCAGCGGAAGAGCGGCUCGGAAUACGUCGCUCUGGGUGACGGGAGGACCAGUAAUUCCGAGAGUAAAGGAUUCGACAAAGGCGAGAAGGGUGUCCAUGGCCUAAACGAAGACCGUGGUCACUACGAUGAUCGGGACAGUAACCAGAAAGGAUACGACGUCGGUAAGCACAGCUCGGGACAGAGUCAGUCGGCCAAUCAGGGGAACAACGAGUUCAAACAGCACGGAAGCGGGGAGUACAAAAAGGGUUAUCACAAGAGUGGCUUCACCAACAACUACCACAAGGACGAGUCGGGGAACAAGGCCAGCUUCUACGAGGACAGCGACGACGAACGCGGCCACAGAGGAUACGACAAUCGCGCCGGUUAUUACGGGCAGAAGGCUGACGACGGUUACAGAGACGGAAGGUACGAAGGAGCCUUCAACGGGAGGAACAACGGGCAUCAAGGAUUGUACGAUAACAGUGCGAGAUACGAUAACCGGCAAGGCCAUUCCGGAGGUUACGACGACAAUCGAUAUCAUGACGACAGAAGAAACUACCUUCAAGAUGGUUCUGGCAGAUACUACGACAGGAAUGGAAACGAAGUUUAUUACCGCAGAGAUCAGCCCUACCAGCAACCUUACCACAGUCACGCUCAUUACCCACAAGCACCUUUAGUCUCUGGACCACUCUACUCCAAGGAUUACCUGGACGCUCCACCACCCAGGUAUAUUUCCUCCGAGGAGUCCUACAGGGAUGGAAGAAGAUUUGGAUAUUUUCCAAAUCGGAGAGACUAUCAUGAAACGGAAUAUUACUAUCCUGGACCGAGUCGCACGUAUGACGAUCCUUACAUUAGAGGUGGUGGUGGCUACCGUGGGGGUAGUUACGGAAGUGGUCAUUCGCGAGGAUACCGGAAAGCUUACCACCAACCAUUGGACGCCCAUUACGGAUACAGAAGAUCAUACUGAGUGCAUACUCGAUCCAACAGUGUUUACGAAACUUAUACUACACGUACAAAAGAUGAAUGAAUAAUAAAUAAACGAAA